GAAUACGUGACGUGGCACGCUCCCAAAUCAAUGACACCACCAGAAACAAAAGGCAACACAACUUCUCAUCCUCAAAAUCAUUAUAAUUUUUAAUUAUUUUACACCACCACUAUUUUACCUCUGGAACCUCGUAGAGAAACAGGGUUUAAGGUCAGCUUUUGUUGAAAAUGGCGAGAACCCUUUUUAACCUGUUGUUCAUUCUCGCUUUCACCGUCUCUUGUUCGCAAUCGAGAUCGAUAAUCCCACGCCCACGCCCUCACUCGGUAUCCAACCUUAAAAUUAACACAACCGAGAAUGCUGGAACAUGUUCUUUUACGGUGGUCAUAAGGACAAGCUGCUCGUCCACUCGAUACACGCGGGACCGUAUUAGUCUUUCCUUUGGCGACGCCUAUGGAAAUCAGGUGUACGCACCAAGACUAGACGAUCCACGUUCAAGAACAUUUGAGCAGUGUUCAUCUGACACGUUUCAACUAUACGGGCCGUGUACAUACCAGAUUUGCUAUUUGUAUCUGUACAGAAGCGGAUAUGACGGGUGGAUACCAUAUGACGUGACAGUCUAUGGGUAUAACUCAAAUCCCGUCUCUUUCUACUACAAUAUAAUGUUACCUGGAGAUACGUGGUAUGGAUUCAAUCAGUGUUACAGAACCACAGCUGCUUCAAUAGCUACCGAGUAAGGUGGCUUUUUUUUGCGCAGUCUAAAUAAUGGGAGUAAGUUCUUUUAUGAAUUUGCUCUUCGGGACCAAGUGUGUGUAUCUGAUUUGUGAAAUAUGUGACAAUUUAUGUAUUUGAUUUGUGAUUCUGUUAAAUUUUAUGCUGUCCUUGUUUCAUCUCCAGUCUUGUUUUGAAAAAAUAAAAUAAAGUGCUGCUAUUUUUUGUUUGGAUUAUGAACAAGUUAGAGACCAAAGAAGGCUUGGAUGAUUGAUCAUUUCAAAUGGCAAGCACAAACUAGAGCACAAAAACUAUAUGCAGUGUUUGGCAUUACAAAUACUUUUUAUAGUUAUCUUUUUAGGAUUGCAAAUACUUCCUUGAGGCUGUAGAAUGUAGUUGUUUACACACACUCAAGAGAAUGGCCUUUGCCUUCUCCCUCGGCACAAACUUUUGACGGCUGGGUUUCUAAUCUGCAUCACCUCCACCUCCAUGAAAUGAGAUUACAUCUAGUUGAUGUGGCACAUCUAUAUCUAUUUAUUUAUUACUAUAGAACAGUCCUGCUAUGGAAUCAACGGUUGGCUCUAUAGCAUUUCCAUACUAUAGAAGAAGGAAUUUUGUCUAAAGAAU